GUUUAAGCAAGGCCGCUCCUUGUCCGGUGCUCGUGCUAGUUCGGGCCUUAUGGAGAUGUGCCAUGGAUAAGGAGGCCGACGACGCAUGCCGCGAGCCGUGGGCGGAGGGUCCAUUUGCGCGUGCAGAUCCGGUCGAGAUAGGCGAAGGCGACGAUGGCCUUCGUGCGUUUGCGGGUGGCAUGCUGAAUGGCAAGGAGCAUGGCAAGAAAAAGGAGGACACUGGCAGGCUGGUCGAGCCAUCACCAGCGGCAGAAGUUUCGGCUGAUGGCAACGACGUGCCCAAAGAUGCAGAGGCUGGUGAGACAGCAGAAGGCGUUGCAGAGGUCGAGUUGGAGCAGCCUCAGGAGCCAUUUGCAGACUCCCCUGGAUCGUGCAGAGGCAUUGCCAUUGCUUUGGCUGACGCACAUGUGCCCGACGCGGACCAGCCGGCUGCGACAAAUGGUUCGAAAGGCGCGGAAGCCACGGGAGCUACCGAAGCUGUGGAAGCCGUGGAAGCUGCGGAAGCCACCGAAGCAGCGGGAACUGCGGAAGCUGCGGAAGCCACGGAAGCUGUGGAAGCCACGGAAGCUGCGGAAGCCGCGGAAGCUGCGGGAGCUGUGGAAGCCACAGAAGCUGCAGGAGCUGUGGAGGCUACGGAAGCCGCAGCAGCUGCCGAAGCCGCAGAAGCUUUGGAAGACUCGCUCGCUGCAGAAGCUGCUGCGCUUCAGGCAGAUGCUGCUUCGAGUUUUGCAGCGAGCAGCCCUAGCAGCGCUAGCAACGCGGAUUUUGCGGAACCCGAAACUGAGGGCGCUGCCGAAAGAGCCGCAGAGUCGCCCGAGCAGGCUGCCACAGCUAAGCCGGAAGAGGCUGAAACAUUCCCGACUGAGCCGACGGUUUCGACGGUUUCGGAUCUGGAGAAGGCUCUUCACAGGAUAGAUGAAGACCCUGCAGAGGUUCAGACUUUUCAGCAAGGUGCGGCGAUGGUGCCCGAAACUUGGGAAAUCGCAGGCCGCGACAGGCCGCCCUCACCUGACGCGCAGAUGAUUCGCCUCACAGCGAAUGAUUCGCAGGAGCUGCCUUCUGAGACGGUGCUGCUGCCAGGCGAGUCGGUGCAUGAGCCAGACCUCGCGUCCUUCUUCGAGGAGGUGCCAUUGAUGCCGCCCGCCUCCUUCUUCGACGACCAGGAGCUGGAACGCCUGAAGAGCCAGGCAGUCGCUGAGGCGACCGCGUUGCUGGCUUGGCUCACAGGGGCAGGUUCCUCCAGAAGCCUUCCCGAGCAAGAGGUCUUCUUGCAGCAGCAGCAGGAGCGGGAAGAGGAGGAGGCGGAGUUUCGUUCCCGCGCCCUGCGGGUUGCGAGGCGUCAGCUCUGGCGAGACCGCGCCGUGCGGCGGAAGCACGCGCGAAGUCCGGUGGUGUCGCCUCCGGCGGGGGAGCUGCGCAGCCAGCUUGCUGACAUGUACGAGGAGAAGAGCACGCUUCUGGAGACCAUCGAAGAGCGCCGGGCAGAGCUGGCCAACCUGCAGAAGCAACAGCAGGCGGUGCGCAGCGAAAUUGCGCUGUGGAGCCAGCGAGUCACCGAGCUGGAGGCCAAAGCGGUGGACGCCCGGCUCCAGGCCGCCCCGCAGGCUUGUGCUGGUAUGCUGCGCGCAGAGUCCAUGCCAGUGUUGGUGCAGUCUCCCCCGGUGCGCCCAAACAGCUGGCUCCCGCCCUGGGCAGCGAUGCCGCCGCCGCCUGUUCACAUCCCGGCGUACACGGCGCCGCUGCAGGGCUUGAGCUCCAGCCCCGGCCGCGUGCAGACGGUAAGGAGCUUCACCUCCCCGCGCCAGGCCUGGAGCCCGGGGGGGAGCCUAGUGCUUCCCCCGGGCCCGGGCCAUGUGAUGAGCCCCGGCAGCAGCCUGUCCUUGCAGCCGGGCAGCAUGUCCUUGCCGGGUGGCAUGCAGGUGCGCCACUAUGGCAUGGUGAGGACCGCGAAUAGCUUCAGUGCAGGGCAGCUGCCCAAAGCAGCGGCGAUGUCGCCCUCGCCUUUGGGGCAGGGCGGCGGCUACCGGCCAGGGCUCGGCCUGUCGGCCAGCAGCCCCAGCCCAAGCUCCAGGGCCGGGUCGCCAGUGGCCAGAGCCCACAUGGUGACUCAGGUGGUUAGAGGUGCGUCCCCUAGGCCUUCGCCCAGCCCGCUGCAACAGCGUUGAUGCGGGCCUUCGCCCGCUGCAUGUCGGCAAAUG